ACAAUGUGGCGCAUAGGACGAAGCUGCUGCUCCUCUCCAGCCUAUCUGCUUCACACAGUGUAGUGCUGUAACCCAGCUGUUCCCCAGGUAAUGUGCUAGAAAGAGAGUAAUGGAGUCCGUAUCCGAAAACGAGAGCAAGAAGGUCGACAUUUAUCGUGACACAUGGGUUCGCUUCCUCGGCUAUGCCAACGAGGUGGGGGAGGCGUUCCGUGCCCUGGUUCCUGUCAGCAUGGUGUGGGCCAGCUACGCGGUUGCCACAGCGUAUGUGUCUGCAGACGCGGUGGACAAAGGCAAGAAGGCAGCUGUGGCUCAUGGUGACAACCCAGGAAAGACCACACGGAUAGCAGUGGCAGUUGUGGACACAUUUGUGUGGCAGGCCUUGGCGUCUGUGGCCAUUCCUGGAUUCACCAUCAACCGUGUGUGUGCUGCGUCUCUGUAUCUGCUGGGCAGGACCACGCGGUGGCCUUUAUCAGUGCGCAAGUGGACCACCACCGCCAUCGGCCUUUCUACUAUUCCUUUCAUUAUUACUCCCAUCGACAGGUCUGUAGAUUUUCUGCUGGACUCAAGCCUUCGUAAGGUGUAUGGUGGAGGAGAAAAGCAUGAAUGAGCCCACAGGAGCCGAGAGUUCAUCUAGAUAAACCUCAUCAGAUUCCCGCAGCAGUGGCCACGUAUAUCUCCCACCAGUCACCAUUAACAGACUGCUUCGUUCAGUUUCUUACACUGUCAGCAUCUGAUUGUGGCAUAUACAAAUACUCACACAGCCAGGAUAUCGUCUUACUGAAAAGAGCCAGGCAGUGAGAUUUAGUUUUUUUUUUUUUAUGAGCUGUUUUAUUGCCUGUUCUCAGGUUUUAUGCACCUUAAUGCUUUCCUCACAAACUGUUAGUUUUCAUACUUUGUAAGGUUUUACUACUUUGCUGCACGUUCAGAGUGAGUAACAAAUUUUCAGGUGUUGAAAUGCUUGCUUGGUCGUGUGUGUUUCGUUUGCUCCUGCAUGGGAUUGACCCCUCAGGUCUCAAGUGUCAUUAGAUAUUAACGGUUUAUCUUCAGUCUGAUACAAAUGCAGGCUGGUUGGGAGAAGAGAACAUGUUACAGAAAAAAAAGACAAAAUAUUAAACAAACAUAAAUGCCAUCUCUGAUUAAUAUUCUGGAGCCAGAAGAGGUGCAAAAAUAUUAAAGUAGUUAUAUAGGCUGUGUUCACAUUACCAGACUAAAGUGACUCAAAUGUCAUACAGAUCUGAUUUAUUCAGGGCUGUGUGGACAUAUUCAAUCUGGUCUUUUAAAAUCAGAUUUUAUUCAGUUUCAUGUAUGGUUCAAAAUUUAGAUAUGCGACAUCAAUGUGCAUACAUUCAUAAUUUCUCUACAUAUGCACUUAUGCUCUGUUCUGUUAGGGUCAGAAACUGUAAAAUAUAAAUUGUACCACUUUUAAAUUGCACAUGAAUAGCCAAUGAAGUGGUAUUUACAAGUUGGAAACUCAGUUAAACCUAGUUGUUAAACAUAGCUGGAUAAUAUUAUUUCAUUACAUUUACGCCCAAUCUCAUCUCACCCCUUGGCCCUACCACUACAUGGCCCUUCAAACAAGGAUUUUUCAAAGGCACACUCAAAUCAGAGGGCUGAGAAUCACUGACGGCACAAGAGACCAAAGAUACCCACCGUACCCAAAGUAUUUUUCUUUGUUAAAAAUUACGAUUAUCACUAUAUUACCAUAGUUUAAUGUAUACGUUCAAUGUUUUAUGGCCAUUUUCUUCUGUUCCAGCUGACAGAGGCAGAAGCUGCAGCAUUUAAAGCUCACCUUCCGUCAUUUUUUCUUUCAUUUUAAAAUGUCUAGUUGUGGUCUCUAGUAUGAAUGAAUGACAUGUGAGCCGUUUUUGUAAAAAAAAAGUGCUCAGGUGUCUCUGUAUAGCUCUUUUUUAAUGGACUGUUUUAGGGGUGUGUCCAAAAUGACCGGAUUCCAGCUUUGCUCAUGAAUAUUCAUACAUGCAAACAGCAUGCAAAUAUCUCUCCUCUGAUUGGCUAGGAGCACUGCGACGCCCCUCCGCCGCUCUGCCGCUCACUGCCUCCCACCUCCUAACUGAUGAGCGGUGAUGUUGCGUCGCUUCAGCUCCGCCUCUGGGAGUUUCUCGAGCCAAGGUGGGCUGGUCUGUGAGUUUCUGCCUACGUAGGCAGAAAGAUAAUUCAAAAUUCACCCGUUUUUCGGAGGGGGGGGAGGGGGGAUUUCUUUGCUUAGCUCCUGCAGACAAUGGGGGCUGCAAAACAGUUUAAUGUGCAGGUGUACACAUUCAACUCGGAGAGACCUACUGUAUUCCACAAAAAACAAGAAAAAUCGGAUUUUCGCGGAAGGUGAGCUUUAAGGUGGAGCAGAAAAAUAAAAUAUCUAAUAUAGCUAAUUUCAGCUCCCCAUCACAGUGGAAUUAAGAAAUGGACAAUAAUAAUUAAUUGCUGCACCACCUCCCCCCUUUCUGAGGACAUACAGUGCCCUAAAGUUAAUUAGUUAAACCAUAUGUUAUAUACAAAUUAAGCACUUAAAUGCAGCAAUUGCUCUAUUGUCAUAAGCCAGCACCAGUGUUGUGCCAACUUCUGACUCCCCACUAGAAUCCGACUCCCCCUGCACAUGUGUCAUGUUGCAUUAUGGGCACAAAAGAUUAUGCUUGCGAUUCCUAUUUCUGUUUUCAAAUAACUAUUAUUAUUUAAGCAACACAUUAAAACAACAGAUGGCGACAUAAUAUCAUAUCAAUGUCUGCAUUUUAACACCGAUGGGUUCAUAUUACAGAUAGAUACAGGUCAUUUACAUUUAGAAACGUGAACCUUCCGCUGAAUUGAGUAAUACGGUUUGUAAUGUGAACGUAACCGUAGCACCUCAAACGUAGCAACAUUUUUGGAGCUGUUAUGAAAUACACAGAUAGAAAUAGAUUAAUGCUUUGGCAGAUUUUAAAUGAAACUGAAAAGGGAAAAAUAGCGGCUUUAAACUAUGCUCACUAUGCAAGUAUCACCAAAGCCAUCAGUUGAAAAUAUGUAAAGUGUAGAAAAUAUCUAUAUUUUAAGCCAUAAUCGCUACUAGAUACGCACAACAACGUUGCCUAACAAAGCAGCAACUGUGACGUCAAACAGAAAAUAAUCAUGCAGUUUUUCAUUUAUACUGUAAAAAAAUAAAAGUACUACAAAUGGUUCUUUGAGAGAUGCCAUAAAAGAAUAAUUUUGGUUUCAUUAAAGACCCUUGUUAAAGAGAUGUGUGAGAAUGAAGAACAUUUAAAAAAAACUUAAUCUAAACAAUCUUUAGCAAGUUAUAGGUUCUUUAUUAAACCAAAAUUGGUUCUUCUAUUUUUAAAGUGUAGGUGAAUUUUAUUGCUUUUCUUUCAGUUAUAGUAUAUCCCAGCAUUCACAUAUGUUAAAUAUGCAUGUUUCUGUGAAGACUAGCUGGAAACCUUUGUUUACACAAACUGUUAAAAAACUUUACUGUUUUUUAAAAAGAUAAAGAUUUAUUUUCUAUGUUUUCAUAUAUUAUGAGGCAUUAACUAUUUGCAUGCAGUGUAGUAUAAAGUGUGGCCAGGCAUUGGUAGCUAAAAGGUGUUCUAUUCUAGCAUCUUUUCUGUUAGUACUGUAUAGUAUAUGGUCGAUUCAAAACCUUGUGUCUCCAUUUUUGUCAACUUCAUUUUUGUCAACUGUUCCACUUAAAUUGAAAGUGACUGUGCUUUUAUCAGAGUUUCAUGAUGAAUAGACAUGAUCGUUACCAGAAAUGGUCGUUUGUUCUAUUAACUUCUGUUGGGGAAAAAAAAUAUUAUUAGAGACUGUAGAUGAUAGAUAAAUAUAUAUAAAAUAAUUUUUUUUCUCCAUUUUGGAGCUACAAGGUUUGUCAACUAUAUACCGUACAUACAUUUAUAUGUACACAUGAUUGUACGAAAACUGUUGGACAAUAUGUACUUUAAAAGUAAAAUCUUUCAUAUGUGAAACAAAAAAAACACUGUUUAAAAAAUGGAGGAGUACUGUAAUAAAAUCCAUAAUAUGACCUAAAA